UUAAAUAUUUCUUCAAGUUUUUCGACAUAUUUAAAGUAUAUAAUUUAAAGUAAGGAAUAUAUGUAGAUAUAUGUUAGAUAUACAUGGAGAUACACAUGUAUAUCGAUCGAAAGUCAUCAUCAUUUGAAGGACGCUCACCAAUAAGUGAAAAAAUUUGAUCGAAAGCUAUCAUUAUUAUCAUUGGAAUUUCACAUUAUAGUUUCGGUAUCAUGUCAUUAAAGUAGGAAUAUAUAUAUGUAUAUAUGUAUGUAUGUAUGUAUGUAAACGUAUAUUGAUCGGGAGUCAUCGAUCAUCCAUUAGAUAAGUGAAAAAAUUCGAUCAAGAGAGAAAGAGAAAGAGAGAGCAAUCAUUUUAUUAUCGUUCUCAUUGGAAUUUGUAGUUUCUUCAAACGGCAACAUAUAUAUCACACGGGAAAAUCCUAUCAGAAGAUAAUUUUUACUCCAUUGGAUAUACCUUAUUUUCUUUUUCUCUUUUUUUUUUUCUUUUUUUAACUUACUCGCUUCGCUAAUAAGAUCUCAUUUGAGCGAAUACCUUUGAGGAAGUCAAAGACGAAUUUUCAAAAAAAUGCGUCGUUUCUUUUCUUUUCCCCAAUUGUAAGGAUAAUUUUACAUUCGACGCACUACGUUCGAAGAGAAGAAAAAAAACAAAGAGUUAAUAAUAUUGCGAACAAAAGAACACGGAGAAAAAGACGUCUUCCCGAAUACACAUAUCCAGAUCUUUGUGAUUUUCAAUCAUUAUUUCACGCGGUACAUACGUGGAAAAAAUAUUAUUAUUGCAAAAGACGAAAAAUUGGACAAACUUAGAACAUCCUAACGAACAACUUUUCCGUGCUUAUACAUGUGUGUGUGUGUGUGUGUGUGUUUAGGAUUAUAACGUAUCAAUGCAUUAUUCAGAAAUGGCGAAUAGCUUAGCGUUUUGAUCAGUAUCUCCAUCGUCUUCGUAUUUUAUUAACAAGCUCUUUUCGAUUGAACGAUCUACGUCAAAUUAUAAAAAAAAUACACGAUAUCAUUUAUUUUUAAUUACAUAUAAUACAAUAAUUACACUGAAAGAAGUUAUAUAAAUAAAUCAAUAAGUAAACUCAAAUAUAAGAAAAAAACUUUUAUUGUCGCAUUAAUUGAAGUAUUAGUAGUAGAAAAAUAAUAAUAACCUUUAUAUUAAACUCGAAGAGUUUUUUCUUAGAAAUAAUGAUAUUUAUAUAUUGUAAUAUUGUACUAACAUAUACUGACUAAACAAAUUAACCAAUAACAUAAAUUAUUUCGACGAAAACGUAAUUUAUUAUAAUGAUAAAUGAAUAUUAACUCUAAACUAACAACAUGUAAAACCACAAAUUCCAUUCUUUUGUUGCUAUUAAACAUUCUUAUGUGUACUUACGUAUUCUUGACGUCGAUAAGAAUUAAUCCGAAGAAACGGUUGUAUAUAACAAGAAGUAUAUAUAUAUACAUAUAUACACGUGUGUGUGUAUGUGUGUAUGUGCGUAUUACGAAUUAUAACUCAUCAAAUACGUUACUGGUCAUUUUAGAAAUGGUGAUCAAGAAAAUCGAGGAAAGUCAGAAGAAUUGUACGCCUCGAUCGAUCAAUGACUUCCCAGAAGACAUCUUUACGCCAAAACAACGUGAACAGGGGGCGGCUCUGUUACACGCAUUCUUUGGCUUUUAUUGCUUUUUAUUGACCGCUUUUGUCUGCAACGAUUAUCUCUUACCAGCACUCGAUUGCAUCUGUUCCGGAUUGAAUAUCUCAGCUGAUGUUGCUGGUGCCACAUUUCUUGCUACCGCCAGCUGUUUUCCAGAAUUAUUCGUCAGUGUCGUUGGUACCUUCUUAACUGAAUCUGACCUUGGAGUUGGUACCGUAGUUGGUAGUGCGGUAUUUAAUACUUUUGCUACUACAGCCUGCGGAGCACUUUCAGCUAUAAAAGGUAUACAGCUAGAAUGGCAAAUACUGUCGCGCGAUUGCAUAAUCUACGUGAUAUCCGUUGGUUCGUUGGUAUUGGUUAUGUGGGACGGCCUGAUCACCUGGUACGAAGCAACGAUCUUCAUGAUAUUGUUCGUUGGUUAUUUGGUCCUUCUGUUCUGCGGCGAAGGGAUCACACGUUGGUAUAAGAAGAUCAAACAUCUUUGUUGGAACGGUACCGAGUUUUCGGAAGAAAGUGUGACUUCGAAGCCGACGACCGAUCCUAUGGUGCACGGUAUGUACAAGCCAUACGUUCACGGUGAACUAAUUGCCGAGUAUAGGAAAAAGAGUAUCACGAAAAUGGCCGAAAUUAAGUCGACCAAUAAGAAUUUCGAAGAACUACCGGAGAAUAAAGAGGAAUUGGUCGAUUAUGUCGAACCCGAUACGCCAUUCGUUUUACCAAAGUGUAAUUUGGUAAUGAAGUUAUGGUUUUACUUUACCUGGCCUUUAAAGAUCUUACUAUUUGUCACCGUACCAGAUACCAGAUACAAAAGAUUUCGUUCGUGGUAUCUUUUAACUUUUUUCAUUUGUACCAUGUGGAUCGUAGUGUCAUCUUACAUGGUAUCUUGGAUGAUGACAGUCGUCGGAGACACCAUGGGAAUCCCUGAUUCCGUUAUGGGAAUAACGUUUCUAUCGGCUGGUGGUAACAUGCCCGAACUUGUCUCGAUCGUUAUUCUUUCCAGACAAGGUAACGGUGACAUGGCUAUGAGCAAUACGUUGGGUGCUAAUACUCUUGAUAUUCUUCUGUGUUUGGGUCUACCAUGGCUGAUAAAAACUUUAAUGUCGGGCAAAGAUGUCGAAAUCGUAUCCGGUGCUCUCUGUUAUAGUGUUCUAUCUAUAAUCAUUUGCGUUAUAUGCUUCUACUCGAUCACAGCUUUUUAUAAUUUUAAGCUGAACAAAAAGGUUGGCGCCGUUUGUCUCGUAAUGUACGCAAUAUUUCUUAUAUUCGCGAUAUCGGUUGAAUUGAACGUAUUCUUUCACGUUAAUUGGCCAAUGUGCGAUCGAUAGUCAAAGAUCGAGUUUAUCGACGAUUGUCGUUAUGUUCUCGAAUAUGUUGUAAUACAAAAAUACACACGAAGUCGAAGUGAAAGUGAGAAAGUGAGAAAGUGAGAAAGAGAGAGAGAAAGAGUGAGAGAGAGAGAGAGAGAGAGAGAGAGAGAGAGAGAGAGAGAGAGAGAAAAGCAACGAGAUAAUUAUUUAUAUGUAUAAUGUGUACGUGUGUGUGCAUUUGAUUGAAAUGAAUGAUAACAAAUAAUACUCAUGUUGGGUAGACUUGAAAGGGAGCAACUAAAUUCGUAGAUAUUUUAAAAUAAAAAUAAUAUAAUUUGAAUUUAAAAGAAACGGGAGGAACAAAUAAGAAACUAAAGAGAAAUUAAAAAAAAGAAAAAAAAGAAGAAAUAAAAGAAAAAAGAGAUAGGCAUCGCAUGUACGAUCGCAAGAUUUAAUUCGAAUCUUUCUUUGCAUUGCGAACAAUAUUAAUAAUACGUUUAAAAAAAACUUUUCAUCGACAAGCUCGAAAUAUAAUAUCGAAAUCGAAUGUAUCGUGAGUAACGAAGUGGGUUUUUUUUUUUUUUUUUUUUUGUUUAAAGAAAAUCGUUUGAUCUUCGUUCAUUCUUUUUUU